AUGCAAGUUGAUCAACAUGAUGCUAGCAUUAUAGUUUCGCUUGUCAAAGUGACCAACUCAGCCAUCGAUGAAAGCAAAGAUCCGCUGGAACAACGACAAUACACGGUGAAACAUACUGAAGUAUUCAAAAAGCCUUCAGGAUGCAAUUCCUUACCCGAGAAAAUAUAUACUUCCACGCAAUCAGCUUCAUGUGGUGUCCAACUCGAGACUGGUAAAGAGUACCUGCUUACAGGAAGCUACGAUGACGACAACCUCAAUAUCAUUACUUGUGGACAAAUAGCCUCCGAGGACUACCCUGGCAUAAUUAUGGAGCGAGGAGACAUCUCUAAGAACUUCCUGAACGAGAUUAGAAGCUACAAAUGCUAG